ACUGCGCAAGACACAAGUUCAGUGCUAAGCGAUCUUGCGUCGCGCGCGCAUUACUGUUUUUUUUUUAAUAUUUUAUAUAAAAUUUUUCGUUGUGUUGUGUUUGUUUUAUGGCUUGAGUGUGUUUUUUCAUUAAACAUAUAAUCAUGACAGCCUACGACAAUGAAGGUGCGGACAUAAACAUGGAAGAUGUGGGUCCAGAUAGCGUGACUAUCAGUACAAUAGAAGAGGAUUUGACCGCCAGAAGAAACCGAAUGCUGAAACCUCAAAAGUCCACAGUAGCUUCACGAAGACAGCAAGCGGUGUGUGUUAGAAGAGCCCACAAGAAGUAUGGACCCAGAAAUAACCCAAAUAUCAUCCUUGAUGGGUUAAAUAUGACGGUACCGAAAGGUGCAAUAUACGGCCUUCUUGGUGCUUCAGGGUGUGGAAAAACUACACUGUUGUCAUGUAUAGUUGGAAGGCGGAGAUUAAAUUCCGGGGAGAUCUGGGUUUUAGGUGGGAGACCCGGUGGACCCGGUAGCGGGGUACCGGGACCCAGAAUUGGAUACAUGCCUCAGGAAAUCGCCUUAUUUGGAGAGUUUUCUAUCAGAGAAACGAUGAUAUAUUUUGGCUGGAUAGCAGGCAUGGCCACGAAAGUUGUUGAUGUAAGGAUUGACUUCCUAGUAAAUCUGUUGCAAUUACCCAAUCCUACCAGGCAAGUCAAGAAUUUAUCAGGGGGGCAGCAGCGCCGCGUGUCCCUAGCCGCAGCGUUGCUCCACAGCCCUGAACUUUUAAUCCUGGACGAACCGACGGUUGGAGUGGAUCCAGUGCUUCGGCAAGGGAUCUGGGACCACUUGGUCGAGAUAACGAAGGGAGGAAGAACCACUGUUAUAAUUACGACUCACUACAUCGACGAAACGAAGCAAGCGAAUAUUAUCGGUUUGAUGCGUGGUGGUAGAUUCCUAGCGGAGGAACCGCCGGCGGAUUUGAUCCAACGUUACGCGGCCGACAGCUUAGAGGAUGUCUUCCUUAAGCUGUCAGUUCUCCAGAAUCUUGGCAAGCGACGCCGUUCGAGUAUAUUGGCCGAUGUAGUGGAACGUGUUGAAAUACCAGCGUUGCCGGAUCCCUCAGCAGAUAUAGAAGAAGCUGAAAUUGGUGAAAUUUCUGGAGAGUUUGGGGACAAUGUAUCUAUGAGUAGCAAAGGUAGAACGAUAGUUACGGAAACGCACGCAACUAUAGAAGCUUUACCCCCAGAAGAGAAGCAAAACAGGGCUUUUAUAGAGAGGAUUAAACCAAUGAAAUUACAUCACAUGGAAGCUCUUAUUUGGAAAAACUUUUGGAGUCUCUUCAGGAAUUACGGGUUGUUAACAUUUAUAAUAGGAUUACCGCUAUCUCAAAUGAUCCUAUUUUGUCUCGCCAUUGGCCACUAUCCUCUUGAACUACCGAUUGGCGUAGUGAAUUACGAGGUGGGACCUAACAAUACUAACGUGUUAUGUCAUUAUAAUAAAAAUACUUGUCCUCAAGAUCCCGAGACCUGGGAGUGGAAUUUGACAAGGUUCAGUUGUACAUAUUUGGACUAUUUAUCGAAACGUCAACAUAAUUUGAUUCCAUUUCCAUCUAAAGCUGUAGCAUUGGCGGAAGCUGCGAGGGGAAAAGCUAGGGUUGUGCUUGUAUUUCCGGCCAACUUUUCCUCAAGCUUACAAGAUAGAGUGAGAGAUGCAAGACACGCGGAUAAUUAUACUUUAGCGUCAUCGGAGAUUGAGGUUCACUUAGAUGAUACAGACAAACAAAUGGAAUGGAUGUUAAACCGUGAUAUUCAGCUCUCGUUAAUGGACGCGACUGAGCAUUUGACGGAUAUUUGUAAUCUGCCUAGACGAAUGUUGUCUGUACCAGUUCAUUUUAAUAAGCCCAUAUUUGGCCUCGAGGUUCCAAACUUUACUGACUUCGCUGGUCCCGGAGUAAUAUUAACAAUUAUAUUCUUCUUGGCCGUCGCUCUGACUUCUGGUGCCAUGUUACAGGAACGUAAUGAGGGUAUCUUGGAAAGAUCUCUUGUAUCGGGUAUCACAGGCACGGAGAUUCUGUUCUCUCACGUCAUAGUUCAGAUGCUAGUGAUGGGCGUUCAAACGGUAACUGUACUCCUGAUCGGUUUCCUCGUAUUCAAACUAACUCUUGAAGGUUCUCUUGUGUGGGUGGUAAUACUCACACUUAUGAACGGACUCUGCGGGAUGACGUUUGGUUUUGUAGUCUCAUGUAUAUGUGAUACAGAGCGAACUGCCACUUACCUCGCUCUGGGAUCUUUCUUACCAAUGAUGUUGCUCUGUGGGAUUAUAUGGCCAGUUGAAGGUAUGCACAGGGUGCUUCAAUGGAUAAGCUAUGUACUCCCACUAACGAAAUCAACGGAAUCUUUGAGGUCGAUGCUGCAAAGGGGCUGGUCCAUCGAAGUUCCUACAGUGUACUCUGGCUUUAUAUCAACAGUUGUGUGGAUUGUUGUAUACCUCACAGUCAGUAUAUUACUUAUAAAGUUCAAGAAAGGUUGAGCUGAACGAAUAUAAUAUUAUGUAAUAUUAUGUGUACUAUUAUAGGAAGGGUAUUUUUGAUUUCUUUUGUUCUCUUCGCUUUCGAUACUAUUUUUUAAGUCGGUUAUGUAAAGAGUUUUAUAUUAUGACUUUUUAAAAACUACUAGUUAUUAGUGGAGUCUGUUAUUAAGAUCAGUUAAUUGUGAUAAUAUUUCGGGUGAGGUUCACAAAGUGAUAUUUAAUCGUAGUUAAUUUUUACGGGAUCAAAACUACUUGAAUAAUUGUAAAAUUAUAUACAAUUGAACAUUUAUUAAUUUAUUUUAAUUUUAUACGGUCAUUUUAUUGAUUUGGUGUGUUGUAGAAAGAAUGUAUUAAUUUGAACUGGGGGAUUUUUUUUAUGUUAAAAAAAUAUAUAUUAUAUACUUAUAUUGCAUCUGCGACAUUAUGCAGUUUUGUAGUUAGUGUAUUGAAGUAGUGUUCAAUGUUCAUAUAAAUUUGACUGUAAAUAUAAUGUUAACAAAAUUAGGUAUUAUGUAAUAAAUAUUAAGAGAUUAGUCGGUUUGCUCAAUGUAGACAUGAUAUAUAAGAAAAUAAAUUUGAAAUUCA